CCUCUUUUUUUGAGGUUCUUCUCUGCCUGCGAUUGUGCAGAGAAGAGAAAGAGAGGAUGAAGACCACACUCAAUAGCAAAAGCCCUUUUCUUACUUCUGCUUCGACUUCAAUUUGCAAUCGAUUCCCAUUGAGAUCCACCGAGUCCUUUACCCGUUCAGAAACCCUCACCCUAAUUCUGCUUUAGCUGCAAGUUCUCGUUCUCGGCGAAAUGGUACCCAAUGAAGGGGAUGUUGCAACAGAAAAGAGAAAGGCUGAAGACUAUAUUGUCACAAAAGAAAAGAAGACGAAGAAGAAGAAAAAGAAGCCAGUUGCUACUCCUCGUCCUGCAUGCUCAUGGGUGUACUUUAGCCGGGAGUUUAUCAAGGAGUAUAGUGCUUCCCAUCCUGAGUCCUCUGGUCUUAAAGCUGCCACAAAGGCUGCAUCGGAUGCUUGGAAGUGUAUGGGCUUUGAAGAGAAAGCAAAAUACACUAAUCAUGCUCGUGAAGUGUGGGAUAACUACUUGAGUACAACUACUGCUCGCACCCCCAAGCCAAAGAAACAGCGCCUCACACCUGAGCAGAAGACUGCAGUGAAGAGCAUGGGAUUUGGCAGCCUCCUCGACCUAAGAUGUAGGACACUCCGCCGUAGUUUGUGCCUAUGGUUAUUGGAGAGGUUCAACACUACAAGACGCAGCUUGGAGAUUUGUGGUGAGAGGAUUCCUUUAUCUCCAAACGAUGUGGAGCAUGUGAUGGGAUUAGUAGCUAGUGGAAAAGAUGUAGUGAACUCAGGGCCAGAUGAUUUAAUCGCAGACUUACGUUAUAGUUUCAAUGCUACAAAUCGUGGGAUCUCAGUGCGACUUCUAGAGGAGCGACUGGCAGCUCCAGAAGCAGGAGACAAUUUUAAGAGGUCAUUUGUCCUCUAUGCCUUGGGCACUCUUUUGUCCCCAACAGCGAGGUUGGAUGUUAGCCCAUCAUUCCUCCAUUUUUUGACAAAUAUGGAUGUUGUCCAUCAGUACAACUGGGGAAAAUUCUUGCUUGACCGGCUAGUUCGAGAAGUAUCUCGCUUUCGUCAAGGGAAGCAAAGGGCAGUUGGUGGUUGUCUUUUGUUUCUCCAGCUCUUUUACUAUGAGAGCAUCUCUGUUGAUGGACCAGGUCCUUUGGCCACUGCAGUCGUUCCAUGCUUGUCUUCAUGGGGUGAGGAGGAGAUUACUGAGAGAGAAAGACGAGAAAGAGAGCUAGGUGGUUAUGGUUUAGGAGAGGUGAUCUGCAAGGAACGUUGUCUUGGCAUGGAGCCCUCAGAGUGCAGGGAUCAAUUGGAUUGCCCACCAGUACACAGCACAACCACCACGGUUGCGCCUGGCCCUACUUUUGGCCAGGAGGGGAAUCAGGCUGACAAAGCAAAAAUGAAUGGGCAGAUUACUAUGCGUGAGGAAGAUAUGCCAAUUCUUAUCAGGAGUAAAGAUGUGGUCUGUGGGGAUAUUGAGGUGGUUGUUGAUUCAGUCAGAAUGGCUUGCAGGAACAGAGAGUAUGGGUGCAAUGAAACAGUGGAUUACAUUAACAACUUCCAUGAAGAAACAUGCACUUACGCUCCAUGUUCAUGCCCGCUGCCAGAUUGCAACUUUGUUGGUUCAACUGAUCAGUUGUCACUACACUUCAGCAGUAAACAUUGGGAUUCUGGAAGGCGCUUCAGGUAUAAUGUGCCGUUGGCCGUCUCCUUAAGGAUGAAGGAGCAAUUCCUUGUUCUUCAAGCAGAAGAGGAUGGUGUUCUUUUUCUCCUCAACAAGAGUGUUGAAAGUAUUGGGAACACGGUCAUGUUAACCUGUGUUGGGCCAAGCUCUUCAAAGGCAAGGUUCUUGUAUGAUCUUGUAUCGGUAAGAGGAAGCAGCUGUUUGAGAUUAAAGUCAGUGACGGAGAAUUUUCCUGAACGGUUAGAAGGUUUUCCGCCAAUGGAUUUUCUUCUAAUUCCAUUUCUUUAUAUUAGUUGUUCUGGGCAUAUCAACUUGGAAGUCUGUAUAUGGAAUUCUACAGAUAUUGAUGCUGACUGUCCUUAAUUAGUAUAUAACUUGCAAUGAAA